AUGGAGAAAGUGCAGUCACAGAGGAAUGCUUUGCCGAAACUGCCGAUUUGUCUGGUUGGAGUACUCACUAGAUCAGAUAUCAUCAACAGACUGAGGUCUGUGUCUUCUUCAAGUGCUUAUUUGAAGGAACUAGUCGGAAUACACAAACGCAUGGAGCAAGUUGAAUCAAUGCUACGCCUUGACUCGUCCUGUGAUCGAGUGGUUGUGGUAGGGCUUUGGGGAAUGGGGGGUAUAGGCAAGACAACCCUUGCUCGGGCUGUGUUUGACAAGAUUUCUCAUCACUUUGAAGGUUGUUGCUUUCUUUCGAAUGUCAAAGAAGAAUGGGACCAUGGAAGAAAAAAGAAUGAUUUACAAAAAAAGCUUUUCUUGGAGUUAUUGGAUGAAGAAAGUAAUAAAAAUAGGAAAAUGCUAUCCAUUUUUUACAGAGAUAGACUCCUUUAUAAGAAAGUUCUCAUAGUUCUUGACGAUGCUGAUGAUUCAGAGCAAUUGGAAUUUUUGACUCGAGAUGGUGAAUGGUUUGGGUUGGGAAGUAGAAUCAUCAUAACAACAAGAGAUGUUAAGUUGCUUAAGAAUUGAGCCGAUGAGAUAUACAAAGUUGAGGAACUGAGUUUUGAUGAAGCUUUCCAACAUUUUCAAAAGAAUGCUUUAAGAAAAAAAAUUCCAAUAGCCGAGUUUAAAGAGGUAUCAAUAAGGGCGGUAAAGUAUGCACAAGGCAUUCCACUAGCUCUUCAAGUAUUGAUGGGUUCCCUAUUUAGUUAUAAUAGCACAAGGGAAUGGAGAAGUUUACUGGAUGACUUAAAAGAUUCCCCCAAUGAAAAAAUACAUGGUGUGCUGAAGAUAAGUUACGAUGGUCUAACUAGAAAAGAAAAAGAUGUGUUUCUUGACAUUUCAUGCUUUUUCAAAGGAAAGAAAAGAAGUUACGUGGAAGGAAUACUUAAAGGUUGUGAUUCCUUUGUUGGCAUGAGGAUAGAUAAUCUGGUUGAUAAGUCUCUCAUAACUAUUGAGAAUCGCAGAAAUUCGCUUUGGAUGCAUGAUUUGGUACAAGAAAUGGGCUGGGAAAUUGUUUUCCAACAAUCCAUUAAUGAGCCUGGAAAGCGUAGUAGAUUGUGGAAUCCUCAAGAUGUCUAUAGUGUCUUCAAAGCUAA